AUGGUUAAGUCACGCAAGAGGUCGAGAAACGAUGUCAACGCAUCACAACCCACAACCAAUGAUGCUGACCUGCAUCAAGGGCAAGUAGUGCUCGGCGACAAUGCUAAUGCUCUGUCCGGCAGUCGCAAGAAGCGUUCACCACCACCGCCCGCCGAUAACGAGCUCGACCUCGAAAAGCUCAUCUUUGGUGGCUCCUCCUCCCUUCUUUCGCAGCCUUCGGCAUCAACGAGCCGUGCAACAGGCGAAGAUGCUGUCGAUGCUAACAGCGAUGACGAUGAUGACGACGACGCCUCGCUAGGCACCAACGUGGUGGCAAAUGACGACCUCUUCAUGGUAGACACAGCAGGAGGUGAAAACGAUGAACAGCUCCAAGAAGGUCAGUCGGAACGCCAUGGCAGCGAGGCUGACAGCGACAACAGUGAUGAUGAUGAUAUUCUCAUCGAUCGCAAUGCUGCAGCUAGCUCGAGCACAUCACAAGUCAAGAAACCGAAGCGCACAAAACGCUGCGUCUGGUCCGACCCAGACGAUGCCGCCCUCACCAUCGAUCUCACUCGCAAUAAUAACCUCGCUGCCAACGGCUCUCGUGUCGGUGUCGCUCGCUUGCGGCGCUUGCGUGAAGAAGUGGGUGAGACCAAGAUCAGCGGUCUUGAAUACGAGCUCCGACUCCGCGCUCAGUUUGAGAAGCUACAUCCUCGACCAGGAUGGGCUUCAUUCCGUCUCACAUCCCUUUCCGACCAACCAGCAGACGAGUUCGGAGACGGCAGCAACGAGGCUGUCAUCAUCAACGAGGACGCCAACAAGGGCAUUCACGACUUCUUGCGCAGCGAUACCGGUCUUGUGGAGGGCUACGGAAGCAGAGACCAGGAUUCAUCUUUGCCGUCUGUCAAGGCACGCGGCAAGCUCAAAGCAGGUGAGAUCGAGCUCGAUCGACUCCGCAAUGCCAACGAUGCACAGAACGUCAACGCUAUUGCCGCAGAAGAAUCAUUGCCAGGCAUCGAGAUGGUUCGCUUCCACCCAAGCCCACGUGCCAGCGUGCUCAUGACUGCAUCUCGCGACAGGCGUGUUCGUCUCUUCCAGAUCGACGGCAAGACCAAUCCGCUCGUCCAGACCAUCCACGUUCCCGACCUCCCUAUACAGCACGCUUCUUUCCAUCCCUCUGGGUCAUCAGCGCUCAUCUCAGGUCUGCGACCUUUCUUGUACGCUUACGACUUGCAAGCCGGUCGUGUCGUGCGUUCGAUCCCAUGGCGUGGGUCUGGAUCGCUUCAUUCGCAGUCGUCAGCUGAGGACGAUGGUGCCGAGCUCAAGCUCUCUGAUGCAAAGUUUCAGCCCAACACCGCCGAAGAGGGCAACAGAUUGCUCGCGAUCGGUGGCCGGAGAGGUGUUGUGCAUCUACUCGACUGGGGCCGCUCGGGUGCUGCAGGAGGUACACGCAUUGGGGCCGUGCGCAUGAAUUCGGCCCUUUCAGGUUUCACUUGGGACGCAGCUUCCGUCCUUGGCGAUCAAGGCACUGGCAUUGGUGUCACUGGCACCGGCAAGGACGUCGAGCUGCUCACAAUGUCGACUGAGGGCAGUGUCCAUCUCUGGGAUAUACGUAACACAGGCAUGGAAGUUGGCUGCACAUCUAUCUGGAAAGACCCAGGCUCAUUCGGUGCCAAGGGACUAGAAGUGUCGCCAAAUGGCAAGUUUUGGACUGUCGGCAGCGAAGGUGGUAUCGUCAACGUUUACAAGCGCCCUGCUGAGUCGUAUCCCUCGUAUCUUCCUGCUGGGGGCGCUUCUACAUUCAUGCUCUCUGCACGUGCAGUGGAUGACGCGACAUCGGCAGCUGUGUUCGGCAAGGUACCAGGAGGAAACAUCGACCCAAUCAAGACACUUGAGAACCUGGUCACAGCGACAACAACAAUGCGCUGGAAUGGCGACGGCCAGAUGCUGGCGAUUGCUUCGAGGUUUAAGAAGGAUGCAUUGAGGUUGGUUCACUUCCCAUCGAUGAGGGUGUUCAGUAAUUGGCCCACCUCCAGCACACCGUUGGGCAGCGUCUCGUCGGUCGAUUUCAGCCCGGCUAGUCAGUACGUCGCCAUCGGUAACACAAGAGGAAAGGUCUUGCUGUAUUCUCUGCGACACUAUCUCUGA